AUGGAUCACCAUGAUGCCUUCCAUCCAAUUUCUGUUAUUCUUGAUGGCUCCAAUUAUGUUAUGUGGGCCCAAGCCAUGUCUUCCUUCCUGAAAGAUAGGAAACUCUGGCGUAUUAUCAUCAGGGAUAUGACCAAACCGGUAAAAGAGGUUGCUGAAACUCAUGAUUCUGUUACUACUCCUGCUCAAGGCAUUUGGGAUGUUUUGAAAGAACGAUACCGGACUACUGGUCUUGCCCAUCAGUAUCAACUUCAGAGUCAGCUUCACCUCAUGCACCAAGACCCUAGACAGUCUACCAACGACUUUCUUUCUCAGAUGUAUUCUGUUUGGAACCAGCUUGCUUUCUCAGAACCUACCUGGCCUCACACUAACGAUACUGCUUUAUUCACUACAUAUCGUAAUCAGCAACGAUUGGUUCAAUUUCUCAUGACUCUCAUUACCCAUUUUGAGCCCGUGCGUACAUCUCUCAUUCAUCGUGCUCCACUGCCUACUCUUGAGCAGGCUAUUUCAAAGCUGUUAUCUAAAGAGACUCAUCUUAGUACUCUCAAGACUCAUCAUGUAGACUCUAUUCUUGCCACUCCUCAGUCACGGACUUCUUCCAUACCGACCCAGCGAUCCACUGCCUAUAUUUAUUGUCAGAAUUGGGGCUUUCCUUCUAUUCAUCUUCUGGUUCAUUGCCCAGUCAAACCCUGUUGGUACUUCAACAAAAUUGGUCCUGGUCAUCUGCAGCAAGAUUGUUUUCAUAAUUCCUUCCGGUCAUCUUCUGCUAGCAUUUUCUCUCACAAUGGCUCUUCCAGGGAUAGUUCCUCAUCUUUGAAGACGCCUUUGCUGACACCUGAUCUCAUUCAAACUGCUCUUCCUAAUGGUCCACCUCUCAUUACGCCUUUUAGCUUAUCUCCUACCUUCCCACCAGAUCUUCCCAUAAGCCGUCCUCAUCAAGUAACACAACCACCUAUUCAUCUUCGUGAUUAUAUUGUUGGCAAAACUCAUACUUGGGAUGUGGUUGAUCUUCCUCCUAGAAAGACUGUGAUUGGUUGCAAAUGGGUAUACAAAAUCAAGACCCAUUCUGAUGGCUUUAGUGAACGCUACAAAGCUCGUCUUGUUGCAAAGGGUUUCACCCAAGAAUAUGGCAUUGAUUAUGAGGAGACCUUCGCUCAUGUUGCUCGGCUUACCUCUGUUUGUAGCUUGAUUGCUAUUGAUGCUGCUCGCCACUGGGAGCUUUUUCAGAUGGAUGUCACUAAUGUAUUCCUUGAUGGCGAUCUUCUUGUGGAGGUCUACAUGCAGCCUCCCCCUGGCUCUGCUUAUCCAGCUUAUAAGGUUUGCCAAUUACAGUGUGCUCUCUAUGGUCUCAAGCAAGCCCCACGAGCUUGUUUUGCUAAGUUUAGCUCUAUCAUUCAUGACUUCGGUUUCAUCUUCAGCUCAUAUGAUUCUGCUCUAUUUGUUCGAACCACUACUCAUGGCACCACUCUUCUCCUUCUUUAUGUGGAUGAUAUGAUUAUCACUAGUGAUGAUGUGGCUGGUAUUCUUAGCCUCAAACAAUUUCUCAAUCGUCAGUUUGAGAUGAAGGACUUUGAUACUCUCAAUUAUUUCUUAGGGCUUGAAAUCUCUAAUGAUUCCACUAGUUAUUAUUUGGCACUAGCCAAAUAUGUAUCCAAUCUUCUGGCAUGUGUUGGUUUUAUCGAUUGCAAGACUACCUCUCAUUGA